AUGCUGGUGACUUGGCAGAUUCAGAAGAGAAUGUGGAGCACAUCCCAUUCUCUCACACCCGGUAUUCCGAGAGGGAAAUGAUUCAGAGGUCCCAGGAAUUUUAUGAACUUCUCAAUAAGAGACGUUCGAUCAGGAACUGCCCCAAGUGGGGCCCAUACGGAACCCUGGACCUUCGUGGUCGUGAAGGACCCAGACGUGAAGCACAAGAUCCGGGAGAUCAUUGAAGAGGAGGAGGAAAUCAACUACAGGAAAAGGAUGGGGCCCCGGUGGGUGGCAGACCUGAGGAAGAUGAGAACCAACUGGGUCAAAGACUACCUGGACACUGCUCCCGUUUUGAUUCUCAUUUUCAAGCAGGUGCAUGGCUUUACUGCAAGUGGCAAGAAAAAGGUCCACUACUACAAUGAGAUCAGCGUGUCCAUUGCCUGUGGCAUUCUGCUAGCAGCCCUGCAGAAUGCAGGGCUAGUGACAGUCACCACCACUCCACUCAACUGUGGCCCUCGGCUGAGAGUGCUCCUGAACAGGCCUGCCCAUGAGAAGCUGCUGAUGCUGCUCCCUGUGGGGUACCCCAGCAAAGAGGCCACGGUGCCCCACUUCACUCGGAAGCCCCUGGAGCAGAUCAUGGUGACUGUUUAACCAGGAGUGCCCCCAGAAAGUCGCCCAGGGUGGUACUUUGCUCUUCGUUGCGGUUUUGCCUCUUUCUCUGGGGUCCCCUGUCUGCUCUUUGCUGAGUGUUGGGUUUCCUUUGCAUGCUAUUUCACAGGGAACUGCCCUGGUGUCAAGAAACUUUCCACACUGUCCAGCAUCCUGACCUAGAGCAGAACUGUUCCUGAUGGACCAUGUGAGUAGGGAACAAAUUGAGCCAAAGAUAAGUAGCUGUGUGUUUCCACUUCUUACCCACUUUGCAUAUGUAGGAACAUGUGACUAAGAACAUUCCAGAUCACCCUGGAAAAGCUCUGGUGAUGUUUCUGUUAAUUCUUCAGAACCCAUAAGAAAUCACAUCAACAUUGCCUUCAGGAACCAUGUUCUUGUGACAAAGAUGACCCGGGAUUGUAGUGGUCAAGCAUGAGGGCUUUGGACCACACAGGCUGGGUUCCUAUUCUGGCACUGUCAAGCAUCUAAAGGUGGGAAUUCUCACUUGUAUGGUGACCUUAACAUGGUUAUGUAACUCUUAUCUGAAGUAUAAAAUGGGGCCAACCAUAUUUCUUUCAUUGCAAUUACUCUAACAAAUCAUCACAGAGUGAGGGUCUUACAAGCAAUAAAAAGUGGUUU